GGCGUCGCGCUGCUCGACGGCAGCUGGCUCACGAGCUCGGGCACCGCCGUCGGCAUCGCAGGUGGCACCGUCACGUGGAGCAACGGGGGCAGCUCGGUGUUCCAGGAGGCGGGACCCGGCAUGUUCUCGAUGCUCAUGCAGGGUGUGACGUACACCGCGAAGCUUGAUGGAGACACGCUCCAAUGGAGUGGUGACACGUGGGUGAGGCAGCCGUCUGUGGACGUCACGACUUCGCAAGGC